CGCGACCAGCCGCAGCAGCGCCACGCACCACCACCAGAGCACGGCGGCCAGCGCGCGGGCAGCGCGCCCGACGCGGCCCGGGGCCUCCUCGCGACCGAAAUACGCGCACCGUGGAGCCGUGCAGUACGUUCGUGCCCUCGCUCCGUCGGGCGGGCGUGCGUGCGGUGACGCAGACGGCGGUUAGGACGCGACGCGGGUGCGCGCGCGCUGCCACAAGGCGACUGGGGCGCCGCUUCCGACGGCGCACGACCGCGCCCGAACACUAUUUCGGGAGCGACGCUCCGCGCCGCCGCUGCCCGCCCGCCGCGCGCUGCCAAUUUUACGUGAAAUUGCGGGCGGGCGGUGAUGCGAUAUGUAGCGCGGCCGCACGUAUCGACGACUUAACUGCGGGCGUCGAUGUCCUCUUACAGCUAACAAGUUCAAAUGGAAAAUACUACACAAGCUCCUACAGGUGUCGGCAUUCGCCGAGAACCUUCUAUCGACCCAGUGAAAGCACAGGGAAUUCUUACAUCAGUGAGUAAAAAAGAGAAGCAUGCUGCCCGCCUUUGGCAGCAACGAUGGGGUUUCCAUAAACACGUUCGAGAAAUGCAAGAAGAAGAAGCACUUAAAAUAGGAAUGUCACUUGACGAUUACCGAGCAGCAGUUCGUUCAGUCAGCUGCAAGCCUGUUGAAGAGCUCGCCGUCAAAAUAGACCCGUCUCCAUCACAGCUACCAGCUACUAGCUCUGGUGUUAUUGGUCGACGCGCUCGCUGCUCGCUGGAAAAGUUUGGACCAGUAGUGAAAACAUCCCGCGACUAUCCUAUCCGUUCUCCACUACCGCCCGGACAAUUAUACGACCCUUACAAGCAGACCGUCAUGUUUUUAGGGAGUGUAGACGGAGAUCCAAUAUCCUACAAGUUGCCGCCAGCGAGGUGUGACGUCACAGAUAAAAUUUGGGGAUAUCCGCAGCAACAAGAUGUAACAAUAUUCGAUUUUGAUUCGUUAUUGUCAUAAUCAGGCGACUGUUGGGACUUCCCCGCUUUUGUAACGUCAGUGAAGAGGGAUGUUCAAGUUGGCGCGGUUUUGUACUAAAAUUCGCAAUAUUCCUUGACGUGUAUUAAUUAUUCGAAAUGACUACUCAUACAUUAGCCAUUGCUAAGCUAUAACUAAAUAGUAACUAAUAGUAAUUAGUUAAGACAUAAUCCUAUUAA